AUGGAAAAAAUAGAAAAUUUUGUUAGAAACAAAGAACUUCAAAAACCACAAAAACUUAGUCGUUUUGUAAAAAGAUGUCAUCUCUUUGGUCUUUUGGGUCAAGCAUUAUUUGUGGCAUUUGAAUUACCAGAAUUAGGAUUUAGUGGUAUUCUUAUUCCUUUAAUAGGUAUCAUAACAACUUUUAUGUUCUGUGGAAAAAAAUUUGUUGAUAAAAUAGAUGGAACUGAUGAGUUGAAACGUGCAAUAGAACUUAAAGAUGCUCAACAAUCAGGAAAAUAUAUAGGAAGUUUCCUUGCUCCAUUAUUUCUUUCCUUAGUUUGUUAUUGGUACUGUGAACCAUCAGAAAUGGGAGUAUUAACAGGUCUUUUUUUCAAUGCUUCAUCAAGAAUAACAAUUCUCUCUGUAAUUGUCUUCACAAUCAUUGAUGUUUACAGAGUCUUUUUUAUAGAUAAAAUAAUGUAA